AAACAGCCUCCCCGAUCACAGCUUUAAUCGUUGAUAAGGCCUCAUCUGAAUUUCUUUGGCUAUCAGCGAGCGACGCGGUGUGAUCGAUCGAGAGAACUAGCCACGCGGUCUUACGCCAAGCUUCGACCUAUGGCCAUUUGAAAUUAUCCACCAUGGUUUUGUUCAAACGAAAACCCGUUCAGUAUCUUUCCCGCCCCCAGAUCAAGGAUGACAAUGCCGAUGUCUGGGUAAUCGGACAGACUGGAGAAAUCUUUACAAAUUAUGGAGAUUAUCUCCAUCGUAUGGACUUUUACAAGCAGAAACGAUUCAUUUGUACCAUCACGGGCCACUCAGGUUUAACUUUCUUUGAGGCUUUGAAAAGCGAAAUGGAGGGGUCCAAAGAUGUCGAUAAGUCUUUCCCAGAGGCUUUGAAGGAACCGAUCCUCCGCAGGGUUCAGUUCUCAACUGUAUCUCGCAUUGACUCCCUUGUUGACAAGAUAUAUGAUGACUUUAAACAAGACUUUUAUCCUGGCGAAAAUGUCACUGUUAUAUUAGACUCGGGAGAACGUCUCAAUGGCGUGGUCCGAGAAAAGGCAAAAUUCCCAGAACUGACGAGGCCUGAUGGCAUGAUAGAACGAAAAGCCUUUUCGAGAUAUUUUGUAAAGUUACUCAACCGACCUCACGAAGAGGCUCUUGUCGAUGAUGAGCACAUCGUCCGAGAUCGCAAGGCCUUCACAAAGCACAUGCUUCGGUCCUUUAUCAAAAAGACGGUGGUACGAGAAGCCUGGACUGGAGCCCCGUGGCUAGUAAAGGAAAGGUUUGCCAAGGAUUAUCGCAUCGAUACCAAUAUUCCAGCACAUCUACUUCAGAACAUCAAAGGCGCGGAGAAAAAGGCCGGCCCCUCCUCCUCGGGGCGGAAAAGCGAACAAGAGGCCGCGCUGCUCAACUUUCUGGCAGCUGCUGCUAAACUUCCCGAGCUAAAACCAGCACCGAGCGGAUCAAAGGGCAAGCUCACGUUGGAACAAAUUGCUAGAAACAAGCACGAGCAGUUUCUGGAAUAUCGAAAAGCGCUCAACGGGCACCCAAGCUUUUCUCCCGGCGGACAGCCCAGUACAACCGCGACAUCGCCAAGUCAGCCCAGUAACUUUGCACCUCCGGAGCAGAUGCUAGUAAAAAGCUCGCCGAAACCCGCGCCUCCACCUCCAAUCAAAUAUCCGAUCGAGGAUCUCGAGAUUAUCCCACUCCGAGAUGGCACCCACCGGCCAGCUCUCAAAUAUCUGUCUCACGACACACCCAGUACAGGAAAGAAAUUUCACGGAGCUCACAAGGAUAUCCACAUGAGAUCAGUCGGCCCGCUGCUCGAGACUUGGGAUACUAUCAAUGUUUUUUGUGAAAUCUUCCCGAUCGACUCGUUUACGUUUGAUGAUUAUAUCGAAGCUCUUCGCUUUCACUCCGACGAAGUGCAAUGCGAACUCUUCGUGGAGCUGCACUGUGCUCUCCUCAAGGAAUGUGUCGAUGAAGAAGGCAACGUCCUCGUCAAUAUCCCAGAGGUGGAGGAGGACAGCGAAGAUGAAGAGUCGGACAACGAAAGUAGCGCAACGCCAACACCAGAGCCUGAGGAGGAACCUCCACGCAGACGGACUCGUAGUAGCUACGCCAAAGCUGCCGUGAUUGAAGAAGAGGUGAAGCGAAGUCCUAGUGUGGAAAAGAUAGCGCAUAGAGCCGAGGAAAUGCUAGGAAAUUAUGGAUGGAUAGAAAGGCUGCAAGCGAGAGAUUUUCGCAACGGAGGCUGGGAGAUUAUCAUUGUCGGUUUACUGCACCAAUUAUCCCUUGACGAACGGCGGCAAAAACUCUGCGAAGAACUACUUUCGAACCUCGCUCCUCUCGACGAGGACGCGAGCCAAGAGACUGCACGAUUGCAGUAUGCUUAUCUUGACAUCAACCUGCGCAUCCAGAUCAUACAGAUACUUUGCUUACUCAUCGUCGAAACCAAGAGCGUGAGGGGUUACAUGGAGGAAUGCAGCGAAGCUAUGACUAUGUUCCGCAAGGACAGAGUCAAUUGGCAGCGUACUAGGAAGGAAGCAGCGGAGGAAUUACGUGUGCUCGACGAAGUCCGACAGCAACUAAUACCAGAAUCGACCCCACCCGCAGUAGAAGCGCACACUGAGGAGAAGGAAGAUGUCAAGAUGACCGAUGCCGAUGACGAGGAACUUGCCGAAGAGGACCAGCAGCAUCAGUCUGACGAAGGAGAUUCUCAGGCAGUCCGGUCUCUUCGCAGAGCAGACGACCGUGCCGCCCAGAGGAAGCGCAAGCGAGAGGAGGAAAAGGAGAAGAAGGAGAAGGCCGAGGCGGCUGCAAAGCUUCCAAAAUUAUCAGCUCAAGCCAAGAAGCUUUUGAAAGACAUUGAGAAAAAGAAGGAUAAGAUUAAGGAGUGUGAGAAGGCGCUUGGGACAAUAGAAAUGGAUCUUCGGGAAGCCGACUGUUUCCGGACAAAGAUCUUGGGAAGAGAUCGAUUCUGGAAUCGAUAUUACUGGCUGGAGAGGAACGGUAUGCCUUAUGGCGGCCUUCCAGAGAGCUCAACCUCUGACGCCGGCUAUGCGAAUGGAUGUAUCUGGGUGCAAGGGCCAGACACGGUUGAACGCGAAGGUUUCAUCGAUCUCCCAGAAGAGGAUAGCAAGCAGUAUCGCAAGACGUUCCAGAUGACGGUCGCUGAAAGGAAGAGGCUCGAAGAGGGCCAUACAAACGUGUUCCAGGCCGACCAAUGGGGUUACUACGAUGAGCCUGAUUCGUUGGACAUGCUGAUUGGCUGGCUCGAUCCUCGCGGUCACCGUGAAUUGAAGUUGCGCAAGGAGCUCCAAGCGCUGCGCGACAAGAUGACGGAAUGCAUGAAGAAGCGCAAGGAGUAUCUCGCGGCUGCCGAGGAACAAAUGGCUGGCGCAGAAGAGCCCACGGCCCGAGUGUCGACUCGUACCAAGACGUACGUUGACACGACCGGUCAUCGGUGCUUGGAGUGGCAAAACUCAAUGGCGCUGGAGGAACUGGGCCACUUGCAUUCGGAGCAGCCAAGACCAGCCAAGAAAGCCAGAAGAUCGGAUGGGACCAAGGAGAUCAAAGCCACCAACAAACAAGGCAAACCUCUUGGCAGACAAGGAGCGCGUAACGCAUCUUAGGUCGAUAUUGUUCUCCGGAUCGCAUCCCACAGAGACGCCUUUGCGCCUUUUGUUCUCAGGUGCUUUUCUUUCCUUUUCUUUUUCUCCUUUCUUUCUUUUUCCAUCUUUCUUUCCCUAUGGCAUGGCAUUGCUUUGCACUUUCACUUGGCGCGACAUCCGUUUGUUGGAAUUGACAGCCCCAGCGAAGAGCUUUUCUAUUCUACGUUGCGGAUUUCAUCUUGCAAGCAAAGUUUUCAGGCAAAUUUGUUGCUCUCUGAUUGUUGAGGGGAUUUUACUUCUUUUCCAUCUGAUCUCAUGGUCUUGCGAGGAGUUUGAAGGGUAACUUGCAUUACUCUCAGGAGCUUGGGCAUUUCCCUUCCUUUUUUUUAAUUAUAAUAUUGCAAAGGGGAUCUUUCCACAAUUUAAAUAAUGGUUGGGAUCUCGAGCCACAAUAGAGACAUUAUUACAAUACCAUCAAGGUCCUCGAGAG